AUGCAUAAAGUCAAGAAUAAGCUCGAAGUAAAUUGCGCUACCGCAUCUCAGAAUGAUAAGCCUUUGGUAUCCGAUCAAAUUUCUCAAGAAGUUGAUAGUAAUGAGGGGGGUAAUGAAUCAUUGGAGGAAGAAUGGCACGCUCCUACGGAUUUUAGCUUAGAAUCUACCAAUUCUACUUUAAAAAAAAAUGCAGAAAACCGAUUAAGAAUUGCUGGUGAUAGACACAGAGAGACUAUUUAA